AUGCGGCCUCUUCCUAUCUCCCUGCUGAUCUUCCUCUCUUUGGCCCCCCUGAGGACAUCGCGUUUCCUUCCAGCUCCUGAGCAGCGCUCAGGCCGCACCCCCGCGCCCUCCACCGCAUCCACCACAAACAGAAGCAAUGAAAGGACAGUGCAGCACAUAAAGCACCUCCUCCUCCAAGCCUUGAAUCUCCAGCACAUCCCCAGAAUCCACACGGAGACAGUGAAGCAGCUCCGGUCGAUGUGGAGAGCAAGACUCCAGGCCAUGUCCCAUAUUUCAGCAAGCGGCCACCCAGCCGGGACUGAGACACAUUCUCAGAGUGAGGUGCCUGUCACCGGGACCAAUGUAUCCACAACACCAACUUCACCGAGACACUGCUGCCAAACUGCAGCCCAGAUCUCCCUCACAGAUCUAGGUUGGGAACAUUGGAUUCUGUACCCAGAGCAAAUUACUUACGUGCACUGUGCCAGCUGCAGACACCCACGCGAUGUGUCCAUUCGCUGCCACCAGAACCAAACGUCCUCGAGCACAAGAGCUCACAGGAGGCACUGCUGUAAGGCAGUGAAGACUGUUUGGAUUCCGAUUGUGUACAUGGAUGAAGAUCUGUCCUUGGUCAUAAGCAACAUUCCCCUGACCGAGGAAUGUGGAGAGGAGCAGUGAGAUGGGUUUGCAGAAGACGUCCAUCCCCUGCACAAACAUAAGUUAUUCCAAAUAUCUGCGUUCUGAUCAACUGGACUGCAUCCAGGCACUGACAGAAAUAACUAUUUCACAGUACAUUUCCUGCAGAAAACUA